UUACACAACUUGCAACAGUCGUUAAACCCUAAACCCUUUAUUUUUGUUUUUCUCUCUCCGCCGCUGUAUCACACUCUCAUAUCUCUCGCUGGAGUUCUCUUCGCUAUCGCAACCUUCAAGUAGUUUCGUUUCUUCAUAGAGAGAGAGUUGAUUGAUUGAGAUUUAGAGCUCAGACAUGGUUGAGCUGGAGAAGAAAUCCAGCGAUGUGCUGAAGAAGAGGAUCAGAAAGCGAAACCGUGGGAAGAAGAACGAGCUUCAAAAGGUGGAAGUAGAAGAAGAAGAAACCCAUAACGUUGAGGAAAACGCUGAUGAAAUCAAAAAGAAGGUUAAGAAAGUGAAGAAGCUGCAGGGAAGAGGCAAAAUCGAGGAAGAAGAAGAGGUGGAAGCAAAGGAAGAGGAAGUAGAAGAAGAAGAAGAAGAGAAGAAGAUGGUGGUUGUAGCGAAAGGGAUAAUGACUAACGAAACUUUUGAAUCCCUUGACUUGUCAGAGCAGACCUUCGAAGCUAUUAAGGCGAUGGACUUUAAACACAUGACUCAAAUUCAAGCUGGAUCAAUUCCUCCUCUUUUGGAGGGCAAAGAUGUUCUUGGUGCUGCCAGGACUGGUUCUGGUAAAACCCUUGCUUUCCUCAUUCCGGCUGUUGAGUUGCUCUUUAAAGAGCGCUUCUCCCCUCUCAACGGGACUGGUGUCAUCGUUAUUUGCCCCACAAGAGAACUUGCUAUUCAGACUAAAAAUGUGGCGGAGGAGCUAGUGAAGCAUCAUUCACUGACUGUCAGUAUGGUUAUCGGUGGAAAUAACAGAAGGUCGGAAGCACAACGUAUUGCAAAUGGUUCAAAUUUGCUGAUAGCAACUCCUGGGCGUCUUCUUGACCAUCUUCAACAUACCAAGGGUUUCAUUUUUAAACACCUAAAGUGCCUUGUGAUUGAUGAAGCUGAUAGGAUUCUGGAAGAAAAUUUUGAGGAGGACAUGAAUAAGAUUCUAAAAAUUCUACCAAAGACUAGGCAAACCGCACUAUUCUCUGCCACCCAGACUUCGAAGGUUCAAGAUCUUGCUCGAGUGUCAUUGACGUCUCCUGUUCUUGUUGAUGUCGAUGAUGGUAGACGCAAGGUGACAAAUGAAGGAUUGGAGCAAGGCUAUUGCGUUGUUCCGAGCGAAAAGAGACUUCUCCUUCUAAUUUCUUUUCUGAAGAAGAACCUAAACAAGAAAAUAAUGGUGUUCUUCUCUACGUGCAAGUCGGUACAGUUCCAUGCCGAAAUCAUGAAGCUAAUCAACUUGGAUAGCUGUGACAUCCAUGGAGGACUGGAUCAGAACAGAAGAACUAAAACCUUUUUCGACUUUAUGAAAGCAGAGAAAGGUAUUUUGUUGUGCACUGAUGUUGCUGCUCGUGGUCUCGACAUUCCUGCCGUGGUACGUGACUGGAUUAUACAAUAUGAUCCUCCAGACAAGCCAACGGAAUAUAUCCACAGGGUUGGUCGAACAGCCCGUGGAGAAGGAGCAAAGGGAAAAGCAUUGCUUGUCUUGAUCCCUGAAGAGCUUCAAUUUAUUCGUUACCUUAAGGCUGCAAAAGUACCUGUAAAAGAGCUUGAGUUCAAUGAGAAGAAGCUUUUGAAUGUGCGGUCCGCUCUGGAGAAAUAUGUUGCCAACGACUAUAAUCUGAACAAGAUAGCCAAGGAAGCGUACAGGGCUUAUAUCGCAGCAUACAAUUCACAUUCUCUGAAAGAUAUCUUUAAUGUUCACCGGCUAGAUCUUCAGGCGGUUGCUCUAUCCUUCUGCUUCUCUUCGCCGCCAAAAGUGCAUCUGAACAUAGAAAGUGGAGCUGGAAAGGUGAGGAAGGCGAGGAAUCAGCAAGGUCGCAAUGGCUUCUCUCCUUACACUCCCUAUGGCAAAGCCAAGUCCACACCCAAAGAGGCAUGAAAUGUCUUGACCUGACUAAAAAGAUUAUGAUUACUUUGCUUGUUUCUGGUUUGGAAACCUUUGUUUUAUCAAUCACCACCAAGUUUUGCCCCAACUACUGUAGUUUUGUUUUAAUUCAGAUUGUUGUUUCUUGUACUUUUUUUUUUUUGUGUAACACAUCUUGUACUACUCAGAUCUCUGUGUUGUUAUAAGAAUGGUUUAAUCAACUAA